AUGGUAAGAAAUUACAUAAGAAAAUCCACCAGAUGUUCGUCUUAUAAUGAUGAAUCAUUGAAAAUUGCUGUUGAAUCAGUAACGAAUGGCAUGCCACUAAAAACGGCUGUCAAAAAAUAUGGGGUCCCUGCAAGAACUUUAAAAAGGCAUCAGAUGGCCAUGACCAAAUUUCCUGGAAAAAUUAGGCUGGGACAUUUUCACUCAAUUUUUACAAAGGACCAAGAACUAGAACUAGUAGAAAUUAUUAAAAGUAUGGAAAAAUCACUCUUCGGAAUGACCACAACAGACGUCAGGAAAGUGGCUUUUGAAUUUGCCGAAAAAAUGAAAUUAAGCCAUCCAUUCAAGGUUGAAAUGAAAAUGGCAGGGAUAGACUGGAUGUAUGGUUUUUUAAAAAGACAUCCAACGCUAUCUAUUAGAAAGCCGGAAGCGAUAAAUUUAUCACGGUUAGUUGGCUUCAAUAAAGAGCAGGUAAAAAUAUUUUUCGACAUAUAUCUUGAAACUCUCAACAAUGGAAAUUACAAUGCUAUGAAAAUAUGGAAUGUGGAUGAAACUGGAAUCUCAACUGUUCAGAAACCAGUGAAAAUUGUUGGCAGCAAAGGUCUUUGGCCACCGAAUAUGAACGUAUUUUCAGAUGAAGAUUUUCAUCCUUCGAAUUUGACAGAUGAACCGUUACCAUCAUCUGCUUUAGAUUUGAAUUUACAUUCAAAUUCAUUGAUUGAAACCAUUGAAUCAGUGGUUGAAGAUGACCCAAACCAAUCAAUUUCUUCAAAAAGCCUUUUGGAGUCAAUUGUUGGACCAAUAAAAUCAUCAACGCCACGAGGUAGAAAAAGAAAAUCUGAAAGAGCUACCUUGCUAACGUCCUCACCAAACAAAAAAUUGCUACAAGAAAAAGAUGAUCAAAAUUGUAAAAAGAUAAAGCGUUCUAAAGAUUUAUUAGAUAUAAAAAGUAAAACGGUGAAACGAACCAAAGAUACAACUCCAUGUGGGACUUGCACACAAAUUUUUUGUAAAGAUGUAACUGGGCGUCAGUGGAUCAAAUGCCAAAAAUUAGAAGAGGAUUAUAAUGACAUUUUUAUUUGUAUUGAGUGUGAUGAUUAA